UCGGGAGGCGGAGGUGGCGGCGGUACCCAGUGCACGGGGCGACCCCUCCACACUCCCACGCCCGCGCGGGGGCCCUCCCUCGGCUCCUUCGUUCUCGCCCUCUCUCCCCCUCUCCCCUCCUUUCAUUUGCUCCCUCCCUUCUUCCCUCGGAGCCCAAUUGCUCAAGCCGCUUCCUUCCCCAGCGCCAGUUCCUCUCCUAGUGGGGCCCGGGAAGGGCUGCGAACGCUAGAAACGCGGAGCGCGGCGGAGGAGCUGCAGGACCAUGGCCGAGCCCGAACAAGCCGCGACGCCGGCGCCCAGAGCCUCCCUGCCAUGGAGCUCGCACAGCCUGCGGAGCUUCCCGCAGCCCCGCCCCUCGAGAGUGGACGCCGCCAGCCUCGGCAGGUACCGGGGCACAGCCACCGCCUCCCGGCAGGCCUCCUUGCAUGGCUCGCUGACGCACUCCGGAGCGGGCUCGGGGCGCCGGCGGGGAAUGCUGCGGGAGCUGUUGGGGCUGCAGGGGGCAGCUCCCCGCCGGGUGGCAGUCGGAGGGGCGCACGGAAGGAGCAGUCCCCCGGGCGGGCCGAACGGAGCGGGCAGCGGCAGGCUGUGCCUGGAGCCCCGGGAGCACGCGUGGAUACUGGCGGCCGCCGAGGGCCGCUUUGAGGCGCUGCGGGAGCUGCUGGAAAGCCGAGCCGGGGCUGCUCUACGGGGCGACCCGAUCACCGGCUACACGGUGCUGCACUGGCUGGCCAAGCACGGGCGCCACGAGGAGCUCAUCUUGGUGCACGAAUUCGCCAGCCGCCGGGGGCUGGAGCUCGACGUGAGCGUCCCGGGGAGCGGCGGCCUCACGCCCCUUCAACUGGCGGCUCUGCAGGGCCACUACCUGGUCAUCAAGGUGCUGGUGGGCGCCUUGGGAGCUGACCCCACGCGCCGUGACCACAGCGGCCACCGGGCCUGUUACUACCUGCGGCCCGACGCGCCCUGGGGCCUGCGGGAGCUGUCGGGGGCUGAGGACUGGGAGAAGGCGAGCGACAGUGAGCGGGACAACGCCAAUAACAACAGCAGCGGCGGCGCCACCACCGCCACCGGGUGGACGCUGCGAAGGACUCUGAACUCACUGGGCGCGAUGGCUACGGAGACAACGAUGAGAGAGGUGGCGUUGCCCAGCAAGGAGAAGGACUCCGCAGGCAGCCGGGUGGCGCAAAUUCAAGGUUUUUUUCGCCAGUUGUUCCCCUUCUUCCAGGACCGUUGAGGGCGACAUAGAGGAGAGUGCAGAGGGACGCGCCACUGUGGCGAGGCCUCGAUCCUCCCUUGUCCCAGAUUCCACUGAAGGGGCUAUGCGGCCGAGUGAGUGCGCUGGCCUGCAAUGAGCAGACCACAUCCGGUCUGUCUCAGGUACCUGUCACAAAUCUCCUGCAGUCACUGGCCAGGAGACAUGGAGACCAGGCGCCCUCUCACACCCCUCCCCCCACCCCAAGAGAGAGAGAGCAAAGACCAAGCUGUCCUGGAGCCCAGUCCCAAAAGGAGCUGGAGUUAGGGGCAGGAUCGCGGUCCUGCUUGGGAGAGGGAAAGUUAAGCUUCCAGUAGCCAUUUCUGAUCUGGCAGAAGUUUUGGUUUAUUGCUAGAAGAAUGAGUUAAGACUGUAAACCACUGAUGCAGAGUGAGCGCCUAACUGCAGGCUUGACUUGGCUACUAAGGGGUCACUUUGUGCUGCCAGAGUCAGCCCCUGGCUCCCUGUUCCUGAGACAACCAGACCUUACUGGUACUUUUUCAAAUGUAUCGCGGAUGACUUCUUAAGCAUAUUAAAGUGGAAUUGUUUUCCUUUCACAUGA